AUCUUUAUUAGUCAAAAAGCGUGGGCGGGACUCUUGCUCUCUGCAGCGAGUCAAAGAGAAAGGCAAUAAAGGGAGACAGGAGCUGCACUUUGCAGACGAGCAUCUCUGCCGUCCUGCUAGACUACAGUAAUCGCUGCCCCCGGAUCUGCGAAAAUACACAGGGACUUCUCUGGAAAAGGCAGAGUUCAUCAAUUUAACUCCGGUCAGUCCGAACCUGCGCUGUUUACCUGGAUAAGUCCAUCCCGACGAGAAGAAAGAAAAAGAGAGAAAAAGACAGCGACAAACGCGAGUGGAGUGUCGACGUAAAAUUGUGAAGGAAAAGAGAAGAAUAUGAUUGUCAAGCAGCACUUGAUCUUCAUCCUUUACAGCCUCUGUGCAAGCGUCUUUAAAGUGGCUGGAACAAAAAGCAAAGCGAAAGGUAGCCAAGGUCAGUUCCCCAUAACUCAGAAUGUGACGGUGGUGGAGGGGGGCACGGCCAACAUGACCUGUCGUGUGGAUUACAAUGAUAACACUUCCCUCCAGUGGUCAAAUCCUGCACAACAGACCCUAUUCUUUGGGGACAAGAAAGCUCUAAGGGACCACAGAAUUGAGCUGGUGCGAGCUUCAUGGCAGGAGCUCACCAUCAGAAUCGGUGACGUCAGCUUGUCAGACGAAGGCCAGUACACCUGCUCGCUCUUCACCAUGCCUGUCAAGACCACCAAGGCCUUUCUCACUGUUCUGGGAGUGCCAGGACGACCAGAGAUCACAGGAUUCACCAAGCCUGCCAUGGAGGGGGAUGUAAUCACCCUGACAUGCACCACACUGGGCAGCAAACCAGCUGCCAACAUCCGGUGGUUCCGAAAUAACAAGGAGGUCCAAGGCACUACAGAGGUCAAUGCAACAGGAAAGUCGUUCACAGUGAGGAGUAGCCUUCAGUUCCAGGUGGACAGACGGGACAACGGCGUCGCUUACACCUGCAGUGUGGAGCAUGUGUCUCUUUCCAACCCCUACAUGACAACCGAGGUCCUGGAGGUCCACUAUGCUCCCCAUCUGGAGAUCACGCAUUCACUGAUUAUUCCACAGGAAGGGCAAUACUUCAAACUGGAGUGUGUUUCCAUAGGCAACCCAAUACCUGAACCAGUGCUUUGGUCUAAAGAUGGAGGAGAGCUGCCAGACAUCGAGCGUAUGAUUGUGGAAGGCAGGGAACUUACCAUCACCACACUAAACAAAACAGACAAUGGCACAUACCGCUGCGAGGCCAGCAACCACCUGGGGACCAGCGGUGCUGAAUAUGUACUGUUUGUAUAUGCCAAAGACUUUCCAGGGCCUACAACAGAUCCUAAUGCUUUAGGACAACAUGGACCUGACCACGCUUUAAUCGGCGGUGUUGUUGCAGUCGUGGUCUUCAUCACCUUAUGUCUGAUAAUAGUCCUUGGACGAUAUCUGGCCAGACAUAAAGGGACGUAUCUAACACACGAGGCCAAAGGAGCAGAGGAUGCCCCCGACGCAGACACAGCCAUCAUCAAUGCUGAGGGAAACCAUGUGCAUGCAGAAGAAAAGAAAGAGUACUUCAUUUAGACUUCUGUUACUCUUUUCCUUCAUUUAAUGACAACUUUUGACAGCGGACAUGCAAUUUUAAGCUGCCUCAGCGUCACUUUAUGAUUUGUUUUACUUUACUUAUUAUUCUUUUGUCUUCUCCAGACAACUCAUGCUUGGAUAUGUUUGUUUUCAAAGCUGUUGGAUAAUUUCCAUUUAAGUUUUACGGUGCCUAAAUGCUGUACAUUAUUCCGCAUUUCUUUAAUGGCUUGCAUUCGCUUAUUUCUCUACUCUCUUAAUUGACCUAUUACCUGUUUUUGCUGAUUUUGUUUUUUUUUUUUUA